AUGGAGUCGUGUGAAGAUGCCGAGCUUGGCGCUCGUGAGGCGGAAUUUCAUCUCAAUCCAUCGGAACAAAAAGUGGAAGUAGUCCGGUCAAAUUUUGCCGAAAGUCUCGAAGAAACUCAAGGAUCAACUCUUCCUGCAGAAGAAGGCUCGCUCUUGUCCUUGCUUGGCUCAGUCUACUUUGGCUACCAGGUCUCCCUACUCUCCAUCGCAUUGGUAACCUUCGUUCUUUCGACGGUGAGUCAAUUUCGCUCCCCUCUUCCUGACAACUUGGAUAAGGCCCCAGAUUCAAGUGGUGUUCUGGCUUUUCCUUACACCGGAAGUUACCAUGGCACGAGUGGUCCAGCCAUCUGGCAAACAGGCGCUGAGAAAUCAAUGCCUCCGACGUCUUCUUCGAAAGAAUUGUCCUUUAUUCCUCUCUACAAAGGCAGAAUGUACCAUUCUGGCGUGUUUGCUUUAACCUACGCGUGGAUUCGUAAUUUGGACACAGUUUGCUGUGCUGCCUUAAGUUUGGAUCUGUUGGCCCGACUUGUUUUCUGCCCCGACCUAAUUAACCUCCUUAGCUCUCUAUACACAUGGAUUGACGCACUUUCUCUUCUUCCCUCCUAUGUUGACCUGUUUGUAGUGCAUGUGGUCACCAAGGUGUCAAACACUUCAGCUGAGCCAACUGGUUCACCGAUAAAUGGCUCAGGGAGGGCAUGGCGAACAUCGGCCAUUGUGUCUCCCCACAGAGAUACUUUUUACCAAAUGCUGCUUGCCAGUGAUUAUCUGAAUCUACUCAAGGUCCUUGUCGUGCUUCGAUAUUUACGCAUCCUUCGACGCCACCGCGGCACUCUGGUCCUCGUAUAUACGAUACGAACCUCAAUGCAUGACAUCUUCAUUCUCCUCAUCAUGUUAGCCAUCAGUACUGUAUUCUUCGGUGCUGCCGCUUACUACACUGAUGAUACAUUCCACAGUGUAGCCGACGGUACCUGGUGGGCCUUGGUCACUAUGUCGACGGUUGGUUAUGGCGACAGGGCACCGAAAACCCUACCUGGAACACUGGUCGCCGUCGGCUGCAUUCUUACUGGUCUUUUAUUAAUAGCCUAUAUUGUCCCAUUGUUAGUGAAUCACUUCUUGCUAUACUACAGUCAUGCUGAUCAAUUAAAUGAGCUGGCCGUGCUAGAAAGACGACGCCGGUUACAGGCUAAUAAAAAAACCCGAUAUAUUGACGCUCGUGAGAAGCAACCCGAUUUAGCCUUGAAGACACAGGUUAUAUCAGCUUGCCCCUUGGCGCAGAAACCUGAAGACCCUGUGAAUGAACAAAAGUUCAGCAGUCUAACCAAACUUUAA